ACUUCCGGGUCGCUGGGUCAGCUGACCGGACACGGAAGCAGCUGCAGUCUUGCUGCGAAGCUGCUUGUUUAAAAUGUGAAAAUAAAUUAACUCAAAACGCAUAAAUCGCGUCUUUUUAGCGGAUUUGUUCAGCGCGCGGAAAACGUACUGAACCAUCUGGUGAUGAUGACAGUGAAGAUUUUCCGCACGCUGGCCCGUCACGGCUACUCUGUGGAAGUGUCUCCGUUCGUGAGCAUCAGAGUCGCCUGUGUGGCCUCACAGUACUACGGAAUAACAGGUUGUGGGUCGCUGUUUGUUCUGGAUCAGACAGAAACUGGGAUCCACCUCGUUCGCAGCUGGCAGUGGGGUGACGGCCUUUUUGACGUGGCGUGGAGUGAAGCCAAUGAGCAUGUUCUGGUUGCGGGGGGCGGAGACGGAAGCCUGCAGCUUUGGGACACAGCCAAUCACACGGCUCCACUGAGGGUUGCUAAGGAACACACACAGGAGGUUUAUUCUGUGGACUGGUCUCAGACUCGGGCAGAGAACCUGAUUGUGUCUGGAUCCUGGGAUCACACCGCCAGAGUGUGGGACCCCACUGUCAGCCAAUCACUGUCAACUCUCAAGGGUCAUGAAGGGGUCAUCUACAGCACCAUUUGGUCUCCUCAUAUCCCAGGAUGCUUUGCUUCAGCCUCAGGAGACGGGACGCUCAGAGUGUGGGAUGUGAAGUCUGCCGCAUGCCGAUUGGUCAUCCCAGCCCACCAGGCUGAAAUCCUGAGCUGUGAUUGGUGCAAAUAUGACCAGAAUAUCGUGGCCACAGGUUCAGUGGACUGCAGCGUGUGUGUCUGGGACCUGAGGAACAUCCAACAGGCUGUCAGUCAACUCAGAGGCCACACCUAUGCCAUCCGCAGAGUGAAGUUUUGUCCGUUCAGUCGGACAGUUUUAGCGUCCUGCUCGUACGACUUCACCGUCAGUGAGGAUUUUCUGCUGAGGCUGCUUUUAGCGCCCAGAGCGGCUCGGCGUGACGAUCUGCUCAGGACCCACCUCACCCAGACCGAAAACAACCCAGAAUCCUUCAGUGCAACAGAGUAG